AUGCGCGCCGCCGAUCCGACGUAUCCCUUGUAUCCCAUCGCCAGUGCCCUGGCUUCAGCGAUGUUGUUGGUGGUACUCGUGAACAGCUUCAUUCGCCAAAGCUGGAACCUGGGCGUCGCUUUCCUCUGCUUCUGGCUCUUUGUCGAGCUCUUGACCGCUACAAUAAAUCACGUCGUAUGGUCCGAUAACGCCGAUGUGAAGCUCUACAUCUACUGCGAUAUAGUCACCCAUACGCAAAUGAUCACUUACAUCGUCAAACCCAUGGCAACACUGAUCAUCACACGCCGACUGUACCUGAUUGCUAGCCUUCAGACCGUAGAACUUCCGAGCAAAAGACGAUGGGACCUGGCCGUUGAGUGGACUCUGGGACUGGUCAUCCCUUUGCUCGUAGCCGGUCCUAUAUACUAUGUGAACCAGGGCACUCGAUUCGCGAUCGAUGAGAGCUUUGGAUGCGCAAUAACCUUUGAACUAUCUGUGCUCGAGAUUCUGGUUUUGGAUUCCUGGACGAUCGUCCCUCCCUUGGUCUCCAUCGCAAUCUACUACCCUGAAGUGGCAAAGUUAUACUAUCGUCAGAGGAAGGAUAUCAACAGCUUUCUACGCAGUAAUUCCUCCGUCUCACGCACGAACUAUCUUCGUAUUCUGAUCCUUGCCAGCAUUGACAUCUUGCUCACGUUGCCCCUCGCAAUAGUGGACAUCACUCUGAAGAUAGUCCAGGGACUGGACAACCCCUCAUCCUUUCCGUUUUACCCUGGUUGGACCUUAUUACACACUGCGUGGGAGCCGGAAAGUUUCUCUUACGCCGAGCAGCAGUCGUUUGGUACCGCAUAUGUGGCAGGAAGCUACUUCUCUAACUGGUCAUCGCCCGUGCUCGCAUUCGCCAUCUUCGGCCUCUUCGGUCUAACCUCUGAGGCGCGCACGUCGUACUGGCGCAUCAUCUGCACAAUCGGCCGCUGGUUCGGAUGGAAACCCACCCCUCGCGCGCGGAACGGACAGGCGUCUGUGGGAGAGAUCGAGUUCGGAGCGCGCCCGCAGGCUACGACCGGCACGUCGGGCUUUGAUCUUGAGAUGGGAUCGCGUCCUCCGAGCUUCGUCAAUACGGAGGCGGUUGCUGCGAGACAGAACAUCGAAGAUGGUCUGGGCGGUGGGUCGGCGACGGACCUGAAGUCGGUAGAGGAAGCGCGUCCCGGGGAGCGUUCGGACGGCAAGGACGUACAAAGCAACGACUGUCGCAUCACGGGUGGCGACGAGCCAUACAAGAAUGUCAAGAGGGCGAGUGUCGCGAGCAACCGUUCGCUCGAGGACGCACAAGCCUCCAGCAACGAUGACUACGUUGUGGCAGAUACGCACGGCAAAGGAGAGGAUGCAUGUGUUGUAUGA